AUGGUACACUGUGCAGACCUCAGCAAUACAGCCAAACCUCUCGAUCUCUACACCCGGUGGAUGAAUCGCCUGAUGGAGGAAUUUUUCCUUCAAGGUGACCGUGAAAGGGCCGCGGGACUGGACAUUAGUCCCAUGUGCGACCGACAAACCGCUACUGUCGAGAAGUCCCAGGUGAGCUUCAUCGAUUUUAUUUCGCAUCCCUUGUGGGAGACUUGGUCGGAUCUGGUACAUCCUGCGGCGCAGGGUAUUCUUGAGCUCUUGGAGUACAAUCGCAAUUGGUAUUUCAAUCUCAUCCACUCCGAGGAUAAGGCCGAUGACAGUAACUAA